AUGUCCUCAAAUCAAGGACAUAACCAUCAAGAAACCUAUGGGUUCUCCAGUACGACCCAGGAGGACUUGAGCUUUGGGUUUGAGCUGUACAGGGCUCGUAGAAAUCAUCCCAGAGCCUCGAAUGAGACUAACUCCGAGGAAUUGAACCGAGUGCCUUCGUUCCAACCACUGGAGAAUGCUGUUUCUGCCCCAGAGCGCUUGCCGAGUUCAUGCACUACAAUCCAUGGUCCAGAAGACGCGGAGCUUCCUAUUGUGAGUAUGACUUCUCAUGAAGCAUCCGCCCUCGACUUGACUCUCACCCGUGCUACCAGUCCAGGCCCUUCUCUCGACCUGGAAGACCGCACCGACAAUGGGCAAUUGGUCGUCUCCAGGGCACGGAAUAUCACUACUGUUGAUUCAGUUCAUUCAGCGACUUCAAUAGACUGGGAGACAGUGGGAUCCUCUGGAUCUUCAUCAAUAUCCACGUCCACAGAUGAGGAUAUUGGUGGAACGAGUUUGUUGUGUGACGCUCAUGGCUUGGGGCUAGAGCUGCAAAACGGCACUCUGGAAGGGUUUGCAGGCAGCGCAUAUGAUCAGCAUUCAAGUCGAUCUAGGUUGUCAAGUGCGUCGAGCGAUAUCUCCUCCUCGGACAUGAAGCAAGAUGAAGAGAAUAGCCCCAAAGGGUCAUUCGCAUUGCCAGACUACGACACGGCAAGUAUUGCAGGUUCCAAUGCAUCUAAUCGACAACCAUUCAUCUUCACUCAGUCUGAAGCUUUCGUCACACAAGAGAGGCUAGAUCAGGCCCGCGAAGCAUCUUACUCCUCACCCUCUGCAAUUCCUCUUCCACACUCCCGGCAAUGUUCUGCAGAAGUCGGGAUUGCUUUCCCUGGAAUCUACCAAGAGCUGCUUGACCAGUGGACAAGAGAAGCACAGGGAAACCUUGAAAACUAUGCCCACGGCGGACAACACAGGGCACAUCGUCCUUCACAGCUCCCCAUUAUUUCAUUAACACCAGAAACACCGUUUGUGAGAGAAGCAGCCCGGGCAUCGUCGUCAACAGCGCUGCUUUGGAGCUACGAGAAUUUGGCGUCCCUGGGAGCCCCUGCCCCUUUUGGCACCUCCCAGUUCGUGUACAGAGCAUUUGUUCCCCCAUCAUCUUUCAUCUCGCCUCUUUCUUUGACGGAAGACAUGCAAGAUUCCGGAAACGUUCCAUACACCAUGCUUAACCCCCCAGGUCACUCGGAUAGUGCAUCGCAACCACAUAGCAACCGUUCUUCUGACGCACGCCAUUCAUUCGGCCUCCAUAUCUCUCUGAGGAAUGUAAGUAUACUCGAUCAAUGA